GCAGUCAGUGUACGGUCCCAUCAAUACAAGUUCGAGUGAAAAACAGGGAAAUGUAUGCACUCUCCAGUUCUUUGAUCCGCUCUCCGGCGCUGCGCCAGGGCCUCCAGAUGGCCGCUGCCAGCCGCCCGGUAUCGAUGAAGGUGGUUUCCGUGGCCGAAACCCAGAAGGACGAGUCGUUCUUCGAGAAGAACGAGCGCUUGGGCAGGGAGCUGUCGCCCCAUCUGACCAUCUACCAACCGCAGCUGACCUCCAUGCUCUCGAUCUGUCACCGCGGCACAGGAUUGGCCCUGGGUGUGGGUGUUUGGGGUCUGGGAUUGGGCGCUCUGAUCUCGUCCCACGACAUUAGCCACUAUGUGACCAUGGUGGAGGGCCUCCAGCUGAGUGGCGCCACUCUGACCGCCCUCAAGUUUAUCAUCGCCUAUCCGGCUGGCUAUCACACCGCCAAUGGUAUUAGGCAUCUCCUCUGGGACACCGGACGGUUCCUGAAGAUCAAGGAGGUUUACUCCACCGGUUACGCAAUGGUCGCCACCUCUUUCGUGCUAUCCGCUAUCUUGGCCCUGCUCUAAGUCCAAGACCCCAGCUAAACCUAUUACAUUUUAGUGCGAACACUGUGUGAAAAUUGUUAUAUACUAAAUACAUGUAGUGUGUAUAUUUAUAAAGGUGUUUGUUGUGUUACGCAAUCCAUUUUGUUGCUUUGGGCGUGCUGCAUACGUUUGUUGUGCGCUGCAAUUUGCACGGUGUGCGUGUUUUUAACGAUUUCGGUGAUUUGUAGAGUGAAUUCAGUGUGGAGGCCGGUUAAAUAGACAUCUUGCGGUCCAUUGACAGCGAAAUCAAGUAUACGCCCCGAACAAGCGAUUUCCGAUAGCAGAAUAUUACUUACAUGCGCCCAAAAGUAGGGAAUACUUU